AUGCUGCUCUCGGCGUGCGUCGGAUCCGUCUCCGCCAUCGUUCUUUUCAUCGCACCACUGCCCAUUCUGGCCGCUGACCAAACGGUGGAUCAAACAUUGGUUGCGAAUUUGAAGAUGGCGGCGACCAUGAGUGACCGGCUCCACAUGCUUUCGGACCAGCAGCUUCUCUACAACUUUUCCUCGAACCCGGUGUAUUCCUGGAAGCCGGGUAGCGUCUGUAACGCAAAUGCAGCGACCUGGCCUGUGCUCUCCACCAUUGGGGCGACGGUGGCGCAGCUCAAUCUCGGGCCAUGCGCGAUGCUUGCACCACACUUGCAUAGAGCCCACAACUUGGUCGUUGCAGUGAGUGGAACAACCCAUACGUACAUGGUGCAAGAGAAUGGGGCACGGCUGGUACAGCAAGUCUUGACCCCGGGCAUGAUGACCAUCUUUCCCCAGGCCAGUGUGCAUUCUAUGUACAAUAUGGGCUGCGGAAACAAUCAGCUCUACUCAUUUCUCAACGACGCCGACCCAGCAACAUUGAACAUCGCACAGGCGUUCUUCAUGAUGCCGAAGGACAUUGGUACGCAGGUGAUGCCAUUCAUCAACCUCACCGGCGGGAACUGGACGGCCACAGGUCUGCGCAUCCCGGCCAUCGGGACGGGAAGCCAGGAUGGAUUCGAGGCGUGCAGGCAACGAUGUGGGCUUAGCACGAAAGCCGCCCCGGAUAGGUCUCUGGUGGUAUAG